AAAAAAAAUGGAUCUUGAACAAGUAUUUAAAAAGUAUGAUUACGUUCAUGGUACAGAAGACACAGAAAAUGCUUUACAAGAAAUACUUGAGGACAAACGUGGAGAUUUUGAGGAUGCGGGUAACUUAAAAAAUCUCCAAAAAUGUGUGUCUGUCCUACAAGAGAAAAUUUGCGUGAAGGGAUUCCCAGUAAAGAGUUCCCCAGGCUAUAACAUGGCUUCCGAAUCUGUCAAUGUCAUCAAGUAUGUCAUGGAUGAUUGUGUUGAUAAUGGAAGAGCAAGCAAAGAAGAUUGUCAGAAAAUUCUGUUUGAUUUCCUGUGUGCCUGUUUACGUACAGGUCCAGGGUCAACUCACACAGAAAUCAUACCAGAUAUCCUGGAUAUCCAAAGCAUGGAGAGCUUUUUGGAGGCAUUAACAGGAAAUGAAUUGAAAAAGUUGACAGCUGCUCUGAAGGAUUUUAAACACACGUCAGAGGAGCCAGAGAUGUCUCUAUCAGACCAGUGUACGGCCUGGGAUAACUGUAUCUGUAGGGUCCUAGAUACUAUGAGUGAAAGUGAAAACACUGGCAAAGCGGACUUCCAGGAACCAAUAUUGGACCUGUAUAUAUUCUACUUCCUGAAGAUGAAUGAUGUACCGGUUGAGUAUGUCGAACCCCUACACAAUGUCAUGAGAAGAAUUGAGUCAUUCUACAGUGAGAACUGUAAUAGGAACCCAUACAAGAACCUAAAGAAUAAAGACGUUUUUCGGAAGCACAUGGUACAUGUACAAGAUGCAAUUGGUAAUGAUAAAUUUGGACAAAGUAAAACACAAGUAGAGCAAGCUCAAAAUACCAUUGAGCUGAUCCUCGAAAGUGUUAAUGGAAAUCCAAAAGAUUUAAAAGACACUUGGGACAGUGUUCUGGAGUUUAUGAAGACCUUGGCCUUUUCAAAGAAAUGUGCCGAGUUUCCUGAAAUAAUGAAAGGUUUCAAGUAUUUCUUUGAUGAUAUGGAAGAAGGUACAUUCAAGGAGAACCCUGAGAUUGUAGACAAGUGGGCACCUGUGUUUGGUGAGACUCUCCUUAAGGCUCCAUCAGUUAAAGCCUUAGAAUUCUGGGUAUUCAGGAUGGCAGACAAUGUGCAGGACAAAUGUACUGUGAAGAAGGAAUCUGCUGUACUUUGGUUCCCGAUCGUAAAAGGUCUCUUAAGGUGUGGACAAGAGGAAGGAGCAAAAGUAGCUGUGAGAAUUUUGGACGAGGGAAAAUUCAAGAAAAUAUGGGCUUGGAAAAAAAAUUACCAGGAGGCAGCAGAAAUGAUAGAAAUCAUAGGCAAAGUGGAUUUUCCAACUUCCGGAGAUAGCGAUGACAGCAGAAUGUUGCGUGAAUACGGAGAUGCCAUAAAAAGUCUUCUGGAGCAAUUGAAAUUGGCCAAAAUUGCAGACAAAGUUAUGGGAAGUGUUGCAGUAUUUGUUGUAUCCAUGCUGGAGAAAAGAUCAGAGGCACUCAAUGAGUUUACAGAAAGAUUUGCAGACAAUGUGUCACUAGAGAACAACCUUGAAAUAAUUCCUGACUUGAUUAAAAGAUUUUCUGUGCUGUAUUUGGAUUCAGACUAUCCGUGGGACAAUGUGGACUCACGAAGCUGUGGCCAGGCUGUGUUUGAUAGUACUAUAUCUGCUUACAGCUCAGGGGCUGACAUGCCUGAUGAUGUGAAUGAGAUCUUAGUAAAGAUGUUUUUGUACGCCAUGGAAACAGAAGAUAUGGAAUAUAUAGACGUCGUGACUGGUUCUAUCAACCUUCAUGGCUGUGUUGCAACAGCGUAUCUGUUAAUGUUUGUGGGCAAGCAUCUUGGCAGUGAAAAUUCUGACAGAGCCUUGGCCCCGCUGAUGCCCGCCAUCAUAAAACAGUUUAACCACGAAGAGGAUGAACUUAUGGAAGCGGCUCGUAACAUCAUGUUACUGGCGAGUAACCAGGCACCUUCUGUAGUCAUCCCACAUUUAACACAUCUGAUUAAAUGGUACAAGGAUGAGCAUGGUGUUGAAGCACUAAAUUCCAUUUCCAAACCAUAUCAAGCAAGUGAGGGGAUCUCCAAACAAGAUUUUGAGGACUUGAUGAAAGGUAUAGAUGAAGACCCUAACUCUGCAGUAUCUGGACCUCUCCAAUCUGUUGUAAUAAUGGAUAUGGGUCAAAAACAGCCAGAGUUUUUUACUCAAGGCCAUGUGGACAUGCUUCUCAGUCCAAAAAUGAUGGAUAACAACUUCAAUCAGUAUAGGAUUUUGGAAGCACUGAGUGCAGUGAUAACAAAGCAGCCACAAUUGUUUGGACAAAAUGUCGUUGACCGUGUCCUGAGAAAUCCAAAGAUUGAAGUGACCUAUUCAUUUGCUGUAAAGACUAUAGGAGUUGGUCUGGCUUCUCAUCACAAGGACUUUGUGGAUACUGUUCUGGCCGAGUUUGUAAACCUGUCAAAAAAGUGUGACGAUCCCAAAUACCAAGUAGCUCUCAUUGACGGUAUCCACACCAUAGGAAGUCAGCAUGGUACGGAGAGGUUGAAUAAAUACCGACCAUACAUUGAGGGUUUACAGAAAGAUGGGGCUACUGGUGGAAUCAAAGACAUGGCCACUUCCAUUCUUAAUGCAAUGGAUGGUAUAAGUGUGGAAGGCAUAGUGGAGGACGUUAAACAACAGAAGGGAGACAUCAAUGUCCUCAGUACCCAGGUCACCAAGACUUCAAAGAAAGUCGAUGUGGUGGAUAAAAAAGUGGACAAGCAGGGAAAGGAAAUCAAAACGGUCAAAACUGGACUUAAAACUGUCAAUAAGCGUGUGGAUGUUGUAGAAAAAGAUUUGGAUGAAACCAAGAUCAAAGUUGAGGAGGUCGACAACAAGACGAUGACCAAUGCCCCUAAAUGGUCAAGAGAUUUGACCAAGCUGAUGAAUCCUACCACAGAACAUGACUGGAGACUUCUGGCCCAGAGGUUAGCGUACACCCCAGAUGACAUCAAAGGCUGGGCGACCCAACAUGACCCCUGUAUGGGACUCCUCAGUGAGUGGUACGCCACCCACAAGACGAUAGAGGCCACCCACGCUGUACUUACUGCCCUACAGGAGAUGAACAGGAUGGAUGCUGCCGCCAUUGUAGAGAAUGCCAUGAAGGCUGUAGAGGGGGUUGUUGAAGAAGAGGUAGAUUAUGCCACACCUCCGCCUAUCUUCCUAAGUUACCAGUGGGGUCAUCAGAAUGAGGUCAAGUUGUUACGGAACCACUUACAAAUGGCUGGAUACGAGUGCUGGAUGGACAUUGGACAAAUGGGAGGUGGCGACAAACUGUUUGAGAAAAUUGACAAUGGAAUCCGUGGGGCAAAAAUCAUCAUAUGUUGUGUGUCGGAAAAAUAUUCCAAAUCUCCUAACUGUAACAGAGAGGUGAACCUAUCCACAAGCCUGGGAAAGCCCAUGAUUCCUCUCCUGAUGGAGAAGAUGAGCUGGCCCCCUAAGGGUUCCAUGGGACCCAUCUUCAGUGAGUACCUGUUUGUGAGAUUCUUCCAGCGAGGUGGGGAGGAGACUGAUGACCAACGCUACUGGCCAGUUCCCAAGUUCCAGGAAUUGUUGAUGCAGCUCAACAUGUAUAAAGCCAUGCCCGACGAAUCUCUUAUCACCGGAGAGUACAAGGAUUGGUGGACUCCGGUGGCAGAGGAAAUCGUCAUUACCAAAAAGAAAGGAGAUGGAGGUCAAAGUUCAUCAGGAAAUAAGGAAUCUACACAGGAAGAAGAAGUGUCUCCAGACGUCUUCCUAUCGUACCAGUGGGGCAAACAGAAGGAGAUUAAACAGUUGUACAGGAGGCUGAACGAACUUGGCUACAGCUGCUGGAUGGAUAUUUACCAGAUGGGAGGAGGGGACUCUCUCUAUGACAAGAUUGACAGGGGUGUCCGUGGCUGUAAAGUCAUCCUGAGUUGUGUAACCACCAAGUAUUCCAUAUCGGCCAACUGUCGGAGGGAGGUGAGUCUGGCAGAUUCUCUCAAGAAGCCGAUGAUUCCCUUGUUACUGGAGAAGAUCGACUGGCCCCCUGCUGGACCAAUGAGUAUGGUCUUCACACAGCUUCUGUUUAUCAAUUUCUACCGUGAUGAAAACAUCCAGAUGUCCUGGGACGGCAGCAAAUUUGAUGAACUCCAUGGUAAAAUCAAUGAAUAUAUCCUGCCUAUAUCAAAUGGGGAUCAACAAACAGCGGUCAAAGGUCCUGACAAAACACCAACAAAAUCAGAAAACGUCGCACAGAAAACAGAGGAUAAAAGCUCUCCACCAAAAUCAACACCCAAAUCAGAACCAGAAGACAACAGUCAAAAGGCAACAUCAGAUGACUCUAAAAAGAAGGAAGAAGGGACAAACAAGACAACAAAAGAAGAAACAAAACCAGCAGAUAAACAAAAUAAAAAGUCUUCAUCUUGUGUAUUACUAUAAUACCCAACAUUUCUACUGAACCACAUGUAUAUUACUCUUGGCACCAAGUAUUUAAGGUACCAUAUUUAUCCUGUAACAACCCCAGGGGGCCAGCUCAUUGACCUUAAAGAAUAGGGUUAAUGCAAGACAAUGGUUUAAAGCAUUUGAUAGUAUUUUUACUGAACUGUGAUAGAUAUUAUUACCAGACAUGGGAUUUUGUUGGGUAAAUGUACAUGUGUUUAAUUACGCUCAAAGGUGAAGGGGAGACUACUACGCUUAAUGUAUAAUUCAUAUUUCAUACAUUUUCUAUCGGUGUUUUUCUUUUGUGUUUUCUGCUGUGAGAGGCUCGUGGUAGUCUGUUAAACAAUUAUCCAUUUACAAAAAUUUUAAUAUACUGUAGUAACUAAAUUGUAUAAGUACUGUUGUAAAAUAAAUAAAUGUAGAUCUACAAAAGAAUACUAAUGGAUGUAACACUGAGACACUAUCUUUUUUUUUUAUUUACAUAAUUUGAUUAUUUCUAUUAUUUUUCAACAAUAAUUAAUACUUUUUGGUAUUUGAUUAAUUACUUGAUGUUUCUUCAUAUAUUUUACAUAUUUUUUACUUGACCCAUCCAAGCAUUUUCAAUUAGUGAUGAAAGUGCUAUUGAUGAAUCGUUGUUAAACUUGAUCCGUCCAUGAAUAUUCAAUUAGUGAUGAAAGUGUUAUUGAUGAUGGCAUAAUGUAACAAUGAAAUAGCAUAAAAAUCCUAUUAACAAUAGUAAUACUGACUAUUUCUUGGAUCUCUAAAUUAUAUUACUGUGCAUUUUGAUAGCAAAUGUUUCUAGUUUCAAUAGUGUUUACAUGCAUACUAAUAUGAUUAGUACCCAGUCCAAUGUGCAUUGUUUGUAGUUGUUUAUGUGUGUCCAUGUCUUUGAAGUUGACAAAGGGGUUGAUUAAUUUGAAAAUGUUAUAAAGAAUAUUGUCAGCAAUUUUAUGAUUAUCUAUGUGUUUUGUUGUUUAUAAAUUCAGGUAAUUUUCAUUCAACAUAUAUACUACUGUAAUAUUUCUUUGUCUCAUUUGGAUCAUACUUUUGUUAUACAUAAGAUGCCUUUAAUUUAAAGUUAUGAAGUAUGUAUUUGUUCCCAAAACUGACCUGUUUGGUUAUUAUUUUCUACCUAUUUAACAUUGUGUAUGAUUAAGAAUGACUUCAGAACCUUCGAAAAUUAACCCAAAAAUGUCAGGAAAGUGCCUUCAAAAACCUUUUUUCGGAUUCAAUUUGUUGAUGUAGAAAAGGACCGAAAUAUAAAGGAUUGAGGUCACUUAAUAUUACAUCAUAUGAGGAUACAUGUAGAUAUACAUUUAUAUACAAGUAAUGAAUUUAUUGUUACAGAGUGAUAUAUACUGUUACUGUUACUUUAAUUUUGUUUUUUUUGAAAACUUUACACCUUAUGCUAAUAUAAUUUUUUAAUAUGAUUGUAUUUGUGCCGAGAAAUAUUUUAAGGAGAGUACGAGACAAUGUUUAUUUUAUAAUCUGUUACAGCUAGACUCUAGUACUUUUUGUACUGUUGAUUGGCAAUGGACUUUGCUUUUACAAGAGUUGUUUCCCUUAUCUUUCCUGUUCAUGUGACUCUAGUACUGUUUGUACUGUUGUUUGACAAUUUGCUUUUUACGAGAGAUGUUUCCCUUUACUUUCCUGUUCACUGCAGGGUUUACUGUUGUAAGUGUUAAAGUGAUACUCAGCAUGUGUUGGCAAACUCUUAGCUUCUCUGUACCUAUUGAAAAUCUUUCUAAUAUGACUUAAAACUAUGUAAUUGUCUGCAUCAAAAAAAUCCUUCCUGCAGUCAGUUUAGACAAGCCAGUUAGGUGGCAAUAUCUUUGGCAAAUAUAAAAGUAGACUAAAUUAAGCAUAUUGGUGAAUUUGUAACAGAACAGUCACUGGAUCAGAAUAUGUGUGAAGCAUUGGGUAAAUACACAAGUGUAUGUAUACACUGUUCAUUUAUGAUACCUUACAUGUUAGGUUUGUAAUUCCAUUACUUCUUUAAGCUGAUUUCUUGUCAAUUUGUAAGUCAAUAUACACAUGCAGAUACAUCGAUAAAGAAUUUCUACAAAUCCAAUAUUGUAUGUUUUUGAGCAUAAUUUGUUAUGCUAUAAAUUGUGCCAGGGAUGGGUACGUCCGUGCUUGUGAGCAUUAUCUCUUCAAUAUUUUUAGAGGCAUUAAAUGAAUUCACAAGUUAGAUUAUAAUUAACACAUGCUUUCACUGAAACCUGGAAUAUUAAUUUGUGUUUGACGUCUGCCCAUCUGUUACGCUUAGUUUCCAUGUAACUACUGCAAGAAAUGUUAAUAGAUUUUCUUCAAACUUGAUAUAUUAGGUUAGCUUAAGGACUGUGCCAAUUUUGAUUGCCACUUUUGCCUGACUUAAUU